AUGUUGUCUAUCACCCGUCGCCACGCGGAUUUUGGGAAGGAGUUGUACGGCAAAUUAUCGACGCUCCCGGGAGAUUUUUAUGAGGCCUGUCGUAGUCACUUUGGAAUUACCCUGCACCAAGACACAUUCAUUGGAGUCCGUUCGUCACAGGUACGAGGUUUGUUUUUGUCUACCAGCAGUAAACCGCUGGAGGCCAAUAAACCAAUUGCCACUAUUCCGCUGACAAGUCUCUACACGGUUUCUAACAUUCAAAGUAAACCCAACACACUUCGUCACGUGACAUUAGAUGGUGUUCGUAAUGCCGUGCGAGAGGAGGAGUUUAAGGUGAUGUCACCUCAGUUUUAUCUGGGUCUUCAGUUCAGUGCCAUCAUCUCUAGUAUUCCCGACAUCACUCAUGCGCGGGACGCAGAGGAAGUGGAACGAAUUACUCAAAUUCUCCGUGGUGGAGCCAUGCCAUGGGCUAGGUUGAUUGAUGAUGAGGAUUUUAACGAGCAGUUUAUUUUUGGUAUGUACGGUAUGGCGCUGGAUAUGUGGCAACUAAAAAGCUACGAGGAAAUGACGAAGUUGUUUCAUCACAAUAUUACAGCCAUUCAUGAGAAAUUUCAGCCACCGUUUUCAGUAGACACUUUUAGACGCAUCGCACGUUUAGUUCUGGCGCGUGUGGAGCACAUGCCUCCACCGGACUAUUACGACGGUUCAGCCGUGUGGCGUCGUGUGCGUCACUACAUGCGCCAGUGGAUAAAAAAGCCAGACCCGUCAGAAGUGUGCAUGGUGCCACUGCUUGACCUGGUGAAUCAUUCUAAUCGACCCAACUGUGGCUUACGCGUGGGUCCGAGUUCUGUUGUGGGCGGCAAAGGUGCCAUAACACUUUAUUCCAUUGCCCGCAUCAACCCCGGCCAAGAGAUUUGCCGGCAUUACAACUUUGCCAUUAAUCGUCCCAAUGCCCUUUUCCGCUAUGGGUUUUUGCCGUUUGACUUGAUUUCCAUCGUGGAGCACGACGCCAUUGACGAGUACCUUGUCAAGAAUCAGCACAUGCUGCGAGAGGAGUCGGAGGAGGUGCGAAUGAAGCAGCAAAAAGAGAGGGAAGAGAUUCAGAAGCUGGGAAAGAUUUUCAACACGCACGCUCGGGAAGAUGAUCCAAUAAUGCAGUAA